AUGGUCCGAUACACCUUAGCGGUGAGAGGGCCCCCCGUGGAGGGGGAGGUCGACUGGAAAGUCGAAGAGAAAGAUGUCAACAUAAUUACAGGAGACCAGCUCACAGAGCACUUCCUAAGCGAAGUGCCGGUUCUCGCCAACCCUGCCGUUCUACGUAAACCCCUUGCCGAAAGCCAAGACAUCACGCUCUACAUAGCAGAACACUACCCCAGACUGCUGCCAUUAGCUCUACGGAACGAGAUCAUCCAGCGUUUGAGCGAUUUGCACACGAUCAACUAUUUCUCCCUGUCGUUUACAGGCAGACCUGACGUGGCGCUGGGCUUGAAAAACCGAGUGAUCAAGGCCCUUCAAGAUCCGAAAUCGAGUGCCAAGUACCAGGAAUUACUGAAACACAAAUUAUCUAUAAUAUUUGGUGGCAGAAUCGAAAACGACAAAAUCGGUGGUUUGACAUCUAACCGCGUCGCCGAGGCUGAAGAGCGGACCAGUGCUGUCCUAGGAGAUCUAGUGGUCCGCCAAACUCAGGAAGGCAAGGGCCGAGGCCCGUGGAUACUCGAUACCGAGUAUCCCACUGCUCUCGACGCUCACUUAGCAAUCUUCUUAGCCCGUCUGCAGGAUGUGAACAGGCACGAUCUGAUCCCGCCGGAGCUCAGCGAGUAUGUCAAGACGGCGAUUGCGGGGCCUGAAUUCUCGGCUGCUUUGAAAGGCGUGGAAGGUGGGCGCACUGUGGGCAAAAAGGUCUAG